CUGGGCUGCGCGGCCGCGGCGCUGAUCCCCGCGGCUGACGUGAAGGUGGAGGUGCUGCAGAAGCCGUUCAUCUGCCACAGGAGGACCAAGUGGGGGGACAUGAUGCUGGUUCACUACGAAGGCUACUUGGAGAGGGAUGGCUCCAUGUUUCACUCCACUCACAAGCAUAACAAUGGUCAACCUAUGUGGUUUACACUUGGCAUAAGGGAAGCUAUCAAAGGCUGGGACAAAGGUUUGAAGGACAUGUGUGUGGGAGAGAAGAGGAAGCUAACUAUUCCACCAGCCCUUGCUUAUGGAAAAGAAGGGAAAGGAAAAAUUCCACCUGAGAGUACACUGAUUUUCAACAUUGACCUUCUAGAAAUUAGGAAUGGACCAAGAUCUCAUGAGUCAUUCCAAGAGAUGGAUCUUAAUGAUGACUGGAAACUGUCCAAGCAGGAGGUGAAAAUUUACUUGAAGAAAGAAUUUGAAAGGCAUGGAGCAGUGGUCAAUGACACCCAGCAUGAUGCUUUGGUUGAAGACAUAUUUGAUAAAGAAGAUGAAGACAGUGAUGGGUUUAUAUCUGCAAGGGAAUUCACAUACAAGCAUGAUGAGCUGUAGAAAAGGGUGGCAUAAUUUUUUUUGACACAAAUAGCAGUGACUCAGACUGUCUGGUUCUCUUGUCGACUUAAUUCUGUGUUUUGGAGUUGACAGCUGCUGUCACAAAGGAACACUCUUUGUUUAUAUAAAAGAAUUUCUGUUCAUUAUGUACAAAUGUUUUAAACUAUUUUAAAGUAUGGAAAUGUACCUCCUUUUAUGCAGCAAAGACUUGCACAUCCGUGUUUUUUAAAUUUUGUACUAACUUAUUUUUCAGAAACAAACCAAACUUUCCUCUUACCAAACAUUGUGAAAAUCAGAAUCUAGUUCAGUGCCUUUCUGUGAUUUGUUUGUGUUUAAGAUCACUUACAGCAACUCCUUUAUGUAUGACUUCUAGUCUG